AUGCAGUGCUCUGCACUGAGGAAGAACGGCCACGUCGUCAUCAAGGGCCGCCCUUGCAAGAUUAUCGACAUGUCUACCUCCAAGACUGGCAAGCACGGUCACGCCAAGGUUCACUUGGUCGCCACCGACAUUUUCACCGGCAAGAAGCUUGAGGAUCUCUCCCCCUCUACCCACAACAUGGACGUCCCCCACGUCAGGCGCAAAGAGUACCAGCUCCUUGACAUCUCCGACGAUGGCUUCCUCAGCCUCAUGGGAGAUGAGGGUAUCAAGGACGAUGUUCGCGUUCCUGAGGGCGAGAUUGGUGAGAAGAUCAACAAGCUCUUCAAGGUUGAUGAGAAGGACACCCUCGUGACCAUCCAGACUGCCAUGGGUGAGGAGGCCGCUAUUGAGGCCAAGGAGGGCUACGUUGAGUUCGAUCUUGGCGACGAAGAUUUUGGUCAGAAGGGAAAGAUUUCUCGCCAAGAGAAGCAGGUUAAAGAGCGCGUUAGACGAGUGCUCACCGGCCAGUCAGCAAGAGACCUCUAUCUCGAAUGCCUCCAGCUCAUCCUGAGGGAACAACUUUUGUGGCUGAUUACAGCCAAAGACCAUAAGGCAGAGCUGGAAACCGUGGUCCGCGAUUUGUGGGAUCUCAGAACGCGAGGCGCCGCGACUGCCAUCGAAAACGAUUCCGCCUCGGAGGCUGAGAUGUCACUCUUCAGCUCGCAGAUCGACCUCUCCCAGGAUGACCAACUCGUCAACCGGUUUAAGAGAUCGCAGAACUGGACACCUGAGAACGGUACGGUUAUGAGCCUUGCCCUCUCCUAUCACGUCAACUAUGGCAUGGUGUGCCCUCCCCUCAACGAUGUUCUUAUGACUUUGCAAUACGUCCGAGAAUUGGGACUGCCCAUUGAGACGAUGUCAAUCGCUCGGAGAAUCCCGCUCAUCGUCAAUCUUUCCUACGAGUUCCCCCUCGACAAGUCCCGGCUCCGACUUAUACACCAGCCUGAGAUCCUGCUCAUCGCCGUUCUUGUUCUGACAACUAUCCAUUGCUUUCCGUUUGAGAAUUCUUCACAGCCGCCAGAAGAUGAGAACUACUUCUCGGUACCGAACUUCAGCUGGGAGAAGUGGCAGCUUGUUAUGGCGCCAGCUCUCGCGCCCGAGCCGGCCCCCGCCGCAGAUUACCUGAACGUUACAGCCACACAAAUCACAUCAAUGGGGCCGCGAGAGCUGGAUGAAUACUUCGCACAGCUGUCACUGCUUACUGACGCACAACCCCAGGACACAAUGCUAGCUAGGUACUUCCCUGUGGAUGAACCUCUACCAAGGCGGCCAGCAUCUGAGGCUCCCGAUAAUGAGACGGACAGGAUGUUGCGCAAUGUCCAGGUCGAAGCUGCAUCGUUUAAUGAAGCCAAGAAUGAAACAGUACAGCGAGAUGGCAAGCCCGGCGUGAGGAAGCACUACUCGUACAAGUCAGAGGAAGACUUGCCCCCGGCGGGUCGGGACUUCUUCCAGCUCGCAGCGCGGCUUUCGGGGCUGUCAGCUCCGAUGUUGCUACGAGCAGUCAAUAUGCUAGAACAACACAUCAUGCUUUGGCAAAGGGAUCAAAGAAAGGCGGCCAACGAACGCCGCGGGCGAUCUGCCACGAGCAUGGAAGUUGAUGACGAGCCACCCGUACUCAUGUCGCCCGUUGAAGCAAUCGACAAGCUUGGCAUUAAACUUCUCAAGCGCAGGGCCCCACCGAUUAUUUGCCGCGAUCACCACUCCGUAACAACAGCCAGUUCGCGAAAGGUCGGCAAGAUGCAGAUUUUCGUGAAGACCCUGACGGGCAAGACCAUUACCCUUGAGGUCGAGUCCUCGGACACGAUUGACAAUGUCAAGUCCAAGAUCCAGGACAAGGAGGGCAUCCCCCCCGACCAGCAGCGCCUGAUCUUCGCCGGCAAGCAGCUUGAGGACGGCCGCACCCUCUCUGACUACAACAUCCAGAAGGAGUCCACUCUUCACCUGGUCCUCCGCCUCCGUGGUGGUAUCAUCGAGCCCUCGCUCAAGGCUCUGGCCUCCAAGUUCAACUGCGACAAGAUGAUCUGCCGCAAGUGCUACGCUCGUCUCCCUCCUCGUGCGACCAACUGCCGCAAGCGCAAGUGCGGUCACACCAACCAGCUCCGCCCCAAGAAGAAGCUCAAAUAG